AUGAUACUAGAAUGCAAGAGUAAUCUUUUCUGCGAAUGCGCGGGUCUCGAGAAAAUAUAUCCACUAUUAGACUCUAACAUCAACCAAGAUAUAUUUUCGAUAUCGGAAAGGGCGGUAUUGGAUAGAUGGCUGAAUAUAGUGGGGGAAUAUCGCACGCUGGCUCUAACUAAGCAUGAUGAUCGAGCAAUUGCUAUUCUGGGCGUAGCAAGAAUAUGUCAAGGGCGACUCAAGAGCAAAUAUCUAGCUGGCUUAUGGGAGACAGACAUUGCUAGGGCUUUGUUGUGGGACGCCAGUCUCCAGUCUGGGAGAAUAUGGGAACGGCUGUAUGAGGGUACAGAAAUGUCUGGUGUUACUAACGAUUCUCGUACGGCUCUUAGACUUGGUUCAAUAAGAGUAAAAGCUGCAUACAUAUCCGCUACACUGAUUUACAGCCAUCGAAACAGAGGUCCUGGAAGAUCAGGUCUUUUCGAAACUUCGCUCUUGGCGGCGGAAAUGCUUGGAGAGGUCAUUCUAAUUAUGUGGUCAUCUAUGGAUCUGGAUAUUUCGGAUCAAUCAUCAUCGUCAUCGUCAUCAACGUCAUCAUCAUCAUGA